UGUAAACGUAAACAUGGCCGUCGUUACUCGUUUGUAGUUGAAUUUUGCCGAUGUCUUAUUAGUAAACGUUAAUACCUGUUUUAAGUUAUUAACUUCAUCAACAAAUAUUCACUUCUUCUACAGAGGUUAAAGGUUUCCAGUUAUUUCGACAUGAGGCCAAAGUCCACAGCAAGCGACUCUGGCGGAACCCCGCCUGUGAAAAGAGGACCCGGCAGACCUCCUUUGAAAAGGAGACGGACAUCGUCGGUCGCAAGUGGGAGCAAGAAAUCAGAUGAUGAAUCAGAUUCUCCUCAGGAACCCAUGAGAAAAAGAAAGAAAUUAGAUCCAAUGGAAAUGGUGCACCAACUGUACGAGUUGAUUCGCAACCACAAGAAGGACGACGGCACACUUCUCUGUGAUGCUUUCAUCCGAGUGCCCAAACGGCGUCAGGAGCCUGGCUAUUAUGAGGUGGUGUCCAAUCCCAUUGAUCUCCUGAAGAUCCAGCAGAAGCUGAAGACUGAUGAGUACGAAGACUUAGAUCAGCUUCAAUCCGACAUUGAGUUAUUGGUGAACAACGCCAAAGCGUUUUAUAAGAGAAAUAGCCAGGAACACAAAGAUGCUUGUGAGUUCUGGGAGCUGUUUUUGUCAACCAAACAGAAAAUUCUGGAAGAUCCAAAAUCAGUAGGUGCUGACGAUUCCAGUGACAGUAAGAGCAAAAUUAUUCUGAAGGUUGGAAAGCUGGUCGGAGAGUCCAUUGUUAAGGAAGAGGUAGAUUAUCAACCUGUGGAGAAAAAGCGGAGGGGGCCCGGACGGCCCCCGAAAGAGGAGAGGAAAGGGUGGGAUGAAGCGAGAGAGGAGACUAAGAGGGCGUUGGACAGAGACACAGAUGACACAAACGAGAGUUGGAGUCAGGAGGACGAGUUGAGUUUCUGCGAGGAUCUGUUCACAGCCGUUAUGACCGCGACGGACGACACCAACCGACCGUUGCAUCUGGUCUUUCAGCUGCUGCCGUCUAAAAAGCGCUACCCAAAAUACUACGAGGUGAUUGACAACCCAAUAGACCUGCGCGCGAUUGCCCGCAAGAUCCAGGAGAGUAAGUACACGUCGCUCAAUGAGAUGGAGAAAGAUCUCCUGCAGAUGACCAGGAAUGCUUGUACGUUCAACGAGCCCGGCUCCCAGAUCUACAAGGACGCCAAGGCUCUGCGGAAGAUCAUUCUCAGUAAGAAGAUCGAGGUGGAACACUCCAAGUUCUCGUCUGGGAAAACCAGCGAGAGGAUCAGUAAAAGAAGAGAUCUUUCCAGAAACAAGCGACUACGCGUCGGCCAAUCUCUUUCCGCAAUUACAGCAGCACUCAAGGAUGAUGAAGAUGAUUCCGAUGAGGAAAUCGUCGAUGUGCCCGGAGAAGAUGCGGAAAAUCCUAAAUGGCAGCUCUAUCUAGCUGUAAAAACGGCUAGUAACGCUCAAGGCCAAGAAUUGAGUGAACCGUUCUGGAGUCUUCCGUCCAAGCGCUACUAUCCCGACUACUAUAAAGAAAUCAAGAAUCCACUUUCUUUAAUGCAGAUUGGCAAAAAACUGAAGAGAGGAGAUUACGGAACAGUGAGUGAAGUGGCGGGCGACAUGAACAUCAUGUUUGAAAAUGCCAAGAAGUACAACCGGGCAGACUCAAGGCUGUACAAGGAUGCCGUAAAACUCCAGAAACUAAUGCAGUCCAAAGUACAGGAGCUCCUUGAGUUGGACCAUCAGUACUCGGACAGUGAAGACGACAGCGGAGAUGAGCCUGCGCCACCGAAGACUGUGGUGACCAGCAAGGGCAGCACGCGGUGCCUCACGCGCGGCAAAUAUCUGGACAACAUUCCUCUCAAGAGGCGGCUCUACUCUCUCUGCAAAUGCCUCAUAGAUUACGUUUGCGAGGACGGGCGACAGCCGAUGUUGAUGUUCAUGGAGAAGCCUAGCAAGAAGCUGUACCCUGACUACUACAAGGUGAUAGACCAGCCGAUAGACAUGCUCACCAUAGAGGCCAACAUCAAGGCGGAGAAGUAUCAGAGCGAAGAGGAAGUACUGAAUGAUUUCAAGCUCAUGUUCAGCAACUGCAAGCAGUACAACGAGGAGGGCAGUAUGAUCUACGAAGACGCCAUCAAGCUGCAGAAGGUCUUAAUGGACAGAGUCAAGGAGCUGGGACCACUCACUAAUGACAUAAUAAUGAAGAAAACUACUCCCCGCACACUGACACCAAAGCCUCGCAAAGUGAUAACAUCUUCAAUAACUACCUGCUCCAACAGCCAUUACGCAAAGAUGAGGACAUUCUUCAACACAAUCAAGGACUACAGGGACCCGAAGACCAACAGACAGCUCAGUCUCAUCUUCAACAGGCUUCCCUCCAAGAUCGAAUACCCAGACUAUUACGAGGUCAUCAAGAAACCAAUCAACAUGGAGCAGAUUGCACAAAAGCUGAAGAUCGGAUUGUAUGAUAAUUUAGAUGAGCUUUACACAGACUUCGUGCUCAUGUUCGACAACGCCUGUAAAUACAAUGAGCCUGACUCUCAGAUAUACAAGGAUGCUCUGAUGCUGCAGAGGGUGUCACUGCAGACAAAGUUACAGCUGAAGGCAAAUGAGGAUGCAGUGCCUGAUGUGACCGCUGCGGUCCAAGAGCUGCUCACAUCAUUGUUCACUGCCGUUUACAAUCAUCAGGACGAAGAAGGCCGUUGCUUCUCUGACUCAAUGCAAGAACUGCCCGAACAUGAUGAUGUCGACGGGAAAAAGGUGAGAGCCUUGUCACUGGACCUAAUUAAGCGGAGGCUGGAUGGGAACCAGUACCGCAGACUGGACCAGUUUCAAGAGGACCUGUUCUCUUGUAUGGAGCGGGCUCGGAAACUGUCACGGACUGACUCACAGGUCUUUGAAGACUCCGUGGAGCUGCAGUCUUACUUCAUCAGGCAAAGGGACGAACUGUGCCUGAACGGUGACUUGCUGCACUCGCCCGCACUGAACUACACCCUGCUGGAUCUAUCUACAGCAGUGGACGCUAUGAGACAACAGAAGCUGCUCCAGGAACUGCCUGAGGAGGAGGACCAGACCAGAAGCUCGGAGGACAAUACCAGUCGGGACGGCAGCACCCACGGAGGCCUAGCGGUGGGCGUGGCGGACAAUGCUCUUAGCUACAACCAGCAGGUCUACCGCAUCGGCGACUUCGUGUAUGCUGAGCCCAAAGAGCGGGGGAUGGAGCCUAUACUACUUAACAUCCAGCGGCUCUGGACCAACCAGGAGGGCCAGCAGAUGUUGUACGGUAACCAGUACUAUCGGCCGCGCGAGACCUAUCAUGUUACUACCCGCAAGUUUCUCGAGAAGGAAGUAUUCAAGACAGAUCAACACGUAGCCAUUCCACUGAACCAAGUGUUGGGUCGCUGCUGUGUCCUGAGUGUCAAGGAUUACUUCCGUUCUCGUCCAGAGAAUUUUGACGAGAAGGAUGUCUACGUCUGCGAGUCCCGCUACUCGUCAAAGGCCAGAGCCUUUAAGAAGAUAAAGAACUGGCCGCAGAGUCUGAACAACGGCUACAAGCUGGUGCCUAGAGACGAGACCCUGGAGCCCAAGCGAGUCAUGUCCGUGUUCCGUGAGAGGGUGGAGAAACACAAGGAGGAGAUAGCCGAGCUGGAGGAGCGUGAGAAACUCGUAGAGAAGGAGAAACCUAACGUUCCACUCCAGACAGAGGAGGCGGUCACGUACUACGAGCAGUACAACUGCAGUGGUUAUGUCAUCAAGACUGGCGACUGUGUCUACGUCAAGACUGAUACUGACGGAAAAGCUAUCAGCCAGAUUGACUCAAUAUGGACCAACACUGAAGGAGAGGCGUUCUUCCACGGACCGUGGCUGGUGCUGCCUUCCGCCAUUCCUCACACACCCUCGCGCACCUUCUACAAGCAGGAGGUGUUCCUCAGUACUCUGGAGGACACCAACCCUACUAACAACAUCGUGGGGAAGUGUGCGGUGCUGGAGCACGGAGAGUACAUAUCCUGUCGGCCCACUGAGAUACCGGAGAGCGAUGUGUACGUUUGCGAGUCUCAGUACGAUGAGGCCAGGAGGUCUAUCAAGGAGUUACCACGGGAAGGGCUGAAGAAGUACACACACUCCGCAGCUGUUACGCAGGACGAGAUCUACUUCUUCCGCAGACUCAUCAACCCACAGAAGGUUGGCGCCAACCAGACAGAGCAAGAAUCAAAGACUAACCAGUACUUGCAGAACUUUGAUCAGAACUCUUGUUCGGCCUCAUCACCUGCCAACAACAUCAAGCUGGAGGACAUGAUGUGUGAAGACUCCAUGGACGGAGGGCCUCGGUCCGUGGGCUCUUGUCAUGGCAAUGACAACUCUAACAUGAGCACACCCCUUACCAGCAAGAAGAAGAGAGAUGCCAAAAAACUGGUGACUGGAUAUAUCCUGUACUCUGGUGAUGUCAGGAAAGGAAUUGCUGCCGAUAACCCAGCUUGUUCUUUUGGUGAAGUCAGCCGAAUGGUCGGAAAUGAGUGGCGAAACCUGCCGACAAGUGAGAAGAUUGCGUGGGAGGAGAAGGCAGCGCGGGUCAACGAGGAGACAGUGGCGAAGAUGGCAGAAGCGGAGCUGUGUCCGUCUCCGUCCCCGGCACCCACAGCCAACAGCCAGCAACACCCGGACCUGGUGUACGAGUGCUGUUGGGACAACUGCGACUGGCAGUUCGAGGACAUGCAGGACUGUAUAGAGCACGCCGUGACCGAAGGGUGCGGCCACGUCCACAUGUACUUCGCUGCUGUACCACCACACGAGCUGGAGUUCCAGUGCCAGUGGCGAGGCUGUACGAGGAUGCGAAAGGCUAUUGCACCAUUCCCCAGCCUCCACAGACUCGCCAGACACGUCAAGGAGGUGCACAUCAUGAAGAGUCAAGGCAGAGUCGUCCACCCGGACCACCGGAGCAAGCAUUUCCUGGCCUCCACCCGCACCAAGCCUGUCACCAAACCACUGCCAGCCCACGCUCUGCCUGGCAUCGCUCUGCACGCGGCCUCGAUGGCACCUGGCCUGCUGAACUACUCAAGGAAUACGCCGUCCCCUGCCUCUCAGAACGGAGGAGGUUCCACAGGAGGAGGGCGUAACGUUGAGCCGUUGUUCGUCACAGUCCCACCGAGGCCGCAGAGGCUCCUCCACUCGGAGGCUUAUAUCAAGUACAUCGAGGGGCUACACUCUGACUCUCGCAGUGUGUCCAACUGGGAUCGUCAGCUGAAGGCGACGCAAGAAACAAUUGAGCCACCGGACAUGGCUCGACUGCCGGCUCACUGGCUCGGCAACGGAGUGGGUAACCACGGCAACAUUCUCAACGCUCUGUGGACCCUGCGGGACUUCAUGUUUCGUGACGCUCUCGGAAUCUCCAAACUGGUGUAAGAGGAUCCACCUCAUCAUCUCUCGUGUCAAACAGAGAACACUGAAUCCACUAUUUAUUUGUUUCGCGUUUGCUUCACUACGGUUAUUUAUACUUGUAAAUUGAUUUAGAAUUUAUAUUUUGUUUAGAUCAUGUUAGUAUUUAUGGCGGAAUACUUAUAUAAUCAUGAAUUUAGAUGUUAAAAUUUAUAGGUUUUAUUUUUUACUUUGACGAGUCCUGGACUUUGGCGUUUAUCAUCUAUUUGUUAUUGCAAAGAUUUAUAUAGUAAUAAAAAUAAAUUGUUGUAAAUUUAAAGUGGCUAAAUAUAAAUGAAAAAGGUACCUAUUGUUUUAAGCUAGAACAGCGAUGGAGAAGGGAAUAAGCAUACCUUAAGUAAGAAUGACAAUAUAUAAAGUAUUUGUAUAACAUUUUCUUUUUUUUUAAUUUUAAUUCAUCAAAAAUGUUGGAAGUUCACAGUGAAUCCUACACUAAGGCCAGUACGACAAACAUAAAACUUUUAACAUUUGUUUAUUGUUUUAACCUUUUGGAGUAGUUUUUAAUGGAUUUCUUUGUUGGAAAUACUGCGUAAAAAUGUUUGCUACAGUUCAAAUGAUCCAUCCCAGUUUCUCGAUUAUCUCAAAAAGGCAAAGACUUUGUACCCACCACAUCUUAGUUAUAUUUAUUUUUAUUUAAUGUAACCACCUGGUCAGUACUGCUCCCCUUAAAAACAUUAGCAGCUAGUUCUUCAUUGUAAAUUUAAAAAAAUCACAAAAAUUAAAAUUUGUUUGUGUCAGCCGAUACUUGUAAUGCUGUAGUUUAUUGAUUUGAUCGGAAUUUAACAAAACUGUUCUGCAUCAUGGUCUGUUAUGAUGUAUCAUCUGUCCAUGUAGCUUCAUAUACACAAUUUACUAUCAGAAAAAUCCUUUUGAAAAGUGUUAUAAGAAAAGUGAACUGGUAAUUUUCAGUAAAUAUGGGAUCCGAUUAUUAAUAAUAAUCACUAAAUAUAUUUGUCUUUAAUUAUUAAAUGAUAUUAUUACUACGUUUUCUUCAUUUAAAUCUAUUUAAAUUUACAGCUAUAUAUUGAUUUAUUGGUACCAUCUUGUGUCCUAAUUUACAUUCAGAUUUUAGAUUUAUUUUAAAUAAUCGUUAUAAAUUAUUAAAGAAAUACAUUUAAUUUAAUGUAUCUGCAAUAUUAUAGGGAUAAUUACAUAUUUUUUGUAAAUGUGAAUCUGUACAUGAAAAAUAAAUAUUAUGUCAGAAACAUGAUCUGAACGAAAACAAACUAGACGCUAAAUUAUAUAUUGUAUUUUGUUGUGUUGUUGUAUACUCGUAAUGCAAUUUUUGUAAGACAGUUUGUUUUGAUAAUCACAUUAAAAUUAUUUAUUUUAUUUCUCCGUGUGAAUUUUUGUUUAUAAUGAUCGUCUGGAACCGUUAGGCGAAAAUUAAUUCAGAAUCAAAAGCAUAUUUUAUUGCUGAUUGAAGAAGACAUUAAAUUCUUGAAAGAUUACAUUCUUUUUAGGAAUUGAUAUCUUGAUGUUAGUGUAUAGAGUAAAUCUAUUUGUCAUUACAAAGUGAUUUUUAGAGUUGAAGGUUUUAAAAGUAUCUAUUUUAAUCAAGGUCUGAUUGUUGUUACCAAAAUGUACAUCUGAAGUCAAGUGAAGUACUCAAGGGUUCUGUAAUAUCACAUGAAACUAGAGACAGGUAAUCGCCAGCCUCCCUCAAGUGAUCUCUGUUGUAGCGUAGGAGUUCAGGUGUACAAGGGUUCUCUGGCCAGACGUAGAAGUUAUACUAGCACAGUAUGUGAUUGGUUAUUUGGCACUCGAGCGAUCGUUUUUCGUUUGUUAUUUUGUAAUGGUUUGAUGUGUGUGUUACUUGUGGCCGUAGAAUAAUUGAGUUUCUUGUAUAUAAUAAGAUUAUAAUUUUGUGUGUUUAGUGUAAUAUGAAAGAGGUCAGUGGUCAGUUGUUAAUCGGAUGUUUAUGUUUUAUUGCAAUAUUCUUUUAAAAUAAGGUAAGACAAUAUUAAGGGGGCACCCUACCGCACCGCUGGACGUGAGAACAGGCACGUGGAAGAUUAUUGUUCAUGAAUCAAGAGAGUAUUAACCCUCCAAGUUCUGAUUAAAUUCUUUCCUAAAGUGGAGACAUUUUUGUUGCUUUGUGCUUAUUUGCAGAUUUGUUCUAUAUGUAUUUUUAAAACUAGGAUCUUACUAUUAUAUAUAAUUCUUUCAGGAGAUUACGCAGAAUAGUGUAGAAAUAAAUUAAAUCACUUACCUUUAUUUGAAAUCUUAGGACAUUUGUCUGUAAAAUUGCAAGUUUAGAUUUUAAAAUGUUUUACUUGUAAAUAAAAUAAAAAUCACAUACUAAUAAAUAAAAAUGAAAAUCCAUUAUUUCAAAGGAUAGAAGUAAUAUCACAAUGUAACACAUGAACGGCCAACGACAAAUGCCCAACUGACGUAAAUACAACUGACUUGCACCUAUCAAUAUACGGGCAAUAAAAUAAAUCUAUUUUGUCAUAUUUUGGCAGAGAAUUAUUUUCAAGCAAUACUAUAAUAUACCAUCUUGAUUUGAAAAGAAUUAAUGAAAUGACAAUGGAAUUAUUAAAGCGAUAUUUUAACCAUUCAGAUCGAAACGGUAAACGCUUGGAGGGUUAAAUACUUGUGUGUUUCUUAAAUUUCACUACGAUUCUUUGGUUUUAGAAAUUUAAAAAAAAUAUAAUCAUACAGAAUUAAACAAAGAAAGAGAAAAAUAACGUUUUUAAAUACCAUUUGUAGGCUACCAGAAAACCAUUUGUGGUGCGGUACUACGAGAUAAAUAACUGAACCGUUUGGAGACAAUUAUCCGAUAUAUUGGACAAUCAUGCUAUUGCAUGCCUAAAAGACGAAAUUCCAAUCCAUCGGACAGUUAAAUCUUAACGUUAAGUAACGAAUCGUGGAUAAAUGUCAUUUUACUACACAGGUUAGUUUUCAAGAAAUAUUUACGGGUGUAAAAAUGUGAUUCAACUUAACUAUCCAGAUAUUAGUACUGGUAGGGGUUAAAUGAAUUUGCUUUAAAUUUCUCAUGAUACAUUUAUUUUUCUUAUAACUUUACUUUAUGAUUGUACAGUUACUAUAUUAGGAAAAACUUAAUUUAGCUGUAACAACAUAAUUGCAAAGUUACAGUCAUAUUAGUAAAAUUAUGCAAAAUAAAUUAAAUGGACCUUGUCUUUUUGUUUGGCUGGUCUCCGUAAGGUUGAAAAUAAUUUUCACCAUUGAUCCGUUAUCAUUAUUCUUCCAGAUGUCUACAAAGCGCACUAACUCGUGGUACUGUGCCCCCUUUAUUGAAGACUUACAAUCAGUAAUGAGCGAAAAUUCAGCUAGGGUUUUAUAAAAUUGUUUUACUUCAAAUGACAAUCAAGUACCGAAAUUUCCAGAAUAUGUAAUUUAAGUCAGAAUAUGUUGGUGCUGAGUAUACGGUAGUGUAUAAUGGGGAGGGGGAGGACUGUUGAUAUAUAAUUCAAAAUCGUGCUGAAAGAAGAAAAAUAUUGAAAAAUAUGCUGUUGCAUUCAUGUGAAUACUUCUGAUGUAGCAUAUAUAACAAGAAUUUGUACGUAAGACAUAUCUAAUGUAACCUUGUGAAAAAUAAUUUAUUGUAUUAGAUACCAAUUUUGGAAAUGUUGUCGAGCCCAUAAUAACCCCCAAUGAACUGUGUUGCACAUUUAAGUUUUUCUCUUCGGUGAAAAGCAAUACAAACAAGUAGUUAAUGUCUUUUGUCCACUUCAAUUUUAUUUGUGUAAAUUAUAAAACUUUUAGUUGUUUUAGAGGACUCUAUAUCGAGUGUUUGUAUUAUACUAAAAAACGCAGUGGCCGCCAUUGAAGUAAAUCUUAUUUUGUGACAUCUUAUCUGAAGAAAUAUUGUUGUUUGUUGUUUUAAAAAUGAAUAAAAUGUAUAAUUUUUACUCUGAACAUACAAUUUAUUUAGGAUUAAAACUUUAAUCAAACUGAUGUACAAAACCUGUCAUUAUGAUAAAUUGUCAUUGUUUUUGUCUUAGGUUUAUUUUGCACUCAUAUUGAAGUCAUAGUGUUUAAGUAAUAAAAAAAUUGAAUUUUGAA